GAGAUGAGGUUCCUCCUGCUGCUCUCUGCUCUUGGGCUCUGCUGGGCUCAGUACUCCCCUCACACUCAGGAUGGACGCACAUCGAUGGUCCAUCUCUUUGAGUGGCGCUGGGUUGAUAUUGCUAAGGAAUGUGAGAGAUACUUAGGUCCCAAAGGAUUUGGAGGGGUUCAGGUCUCUCCACCUAAUGAAAAUAUUGUAGUUCACAACCCUUCAAGGCCUUGGUGGGAAAGAUACCAACCCAUCAGCUAUAAAAUAUGCACAAGGUCUGGAAAUGAAGAUGAGUUCAGAGACAUGGUGACGAGGUGCAACAACGUUGGUGUGCGCAUUUACGUGGAUGCCGUCGUCAACCACAUGUGCGGCGCAGCUGGUGGCGCGGGGACAAGCAGCACCUGUGGGAGUUACUACAACGCUAACAAGGAGGACUUCCCAGCAGUGCCGUACUCUGGGUGGGACUUUAAUGAUGGGAAGUGCCACACUUCCAACGGAGAAGUUCAGAACUACAAUGAUGCUAAUCAAGUCAGAAAUUGUCGUGUGUCUGGCCUCCUUGAUCUCGCACUUGAGAAAGACUAUGUUCGUACCAAGGUUGCUGACUACUUGAACCAUCUCAUUGACAUUGGUGUGGCUGGGUUCAGACUGGACGCCGCUAAGCACAUGUGGCCUGGAGACAUAAAGGCAUUUUUGAAUAAACUGCAUAACCUGAAUACAAGGUGGUUCUCUGCAGGAAGUAGACCUUUCAUUUAUCAAGAGGUAAUUGACCUGGGUGGUGAGGCAAUCUCCAGUAGUGAAUACUUUGGAAAUGGCCGUGUGACAGAAUUCAAAUAUGGUGCAAAACUGUGCACAGUGAUCCGCAAAUGGAAUGGAGAGAAGCUGGCUUACUUAAAGAACUGGGGAGAGGGCUGGGGUUUGAUGCCCUCCGACAGAGCCCUUGCCUUCGUGGACAACCAUGAUAACCAGCGAGGACAUGGGGCCGGAGGUGCGUCAAUCCUGACGUUCUGGGACGCCAGAAUGUAUAAAAUGGCCGUUGGAUUUAUGCUCGCUCAUCCCUAUGGCUUCACACGAGUGAUGUCAAGUUACCGCUGGGACAGAAAUUUUCAGAAUGGCAAAGACGUUAAUGACUGGAUUGGACCACCAAAUAACAAUGGGGCGACCAAAGAAGUGACUAUCAAUCCAGACACUACUUGUGGAAAUGGCUGGGUCUGUGAGCAUCGCUGGCGUCAAAUCAGGAACAUGGUUGCCUUCAGAAAUGUAGUUAAUGGCCAGCCUUUUGCAAACUGGUGGGAUAAUGGGAGCAACCAAGUCGCCUUUGGGAGAGGAAACAGAGGAUUCAUUGUCUUUAACAAUGAUGACUGGGCACUGUCCACCACCUUACAAACUGGUCUUCCUGCCGGCACAUACUGUGACGUCAUUUCUGGAGAUAAAAUCGAUGGCAACUGCACGGGAAUUAAGAUCCAGGUUUCUGGCGAUGGCAGAGCUCACUUUUCUAUCAGUAACUCUGCUGAAGACCCAUUCAUUGCCAUUCAUGCUGAGUCUAAGUUGUAA